AUGGCUGUACCUGCAAAUAACCCUUCCUCGGCAGUCGCUGAAGCCACACCUCUACACAGCUGUCUGUUGUCUUACAGUGGCAUAAGCAGAAAAGCCCUGUCUGUUGAUCUCAAUCGUAUUAAGAAGUUUAUUUUCCGCCGGGGCCGGACUCCACGGCCUCACGGAGAGGAAGCCUUCUCUCGGUUAUGUCCUUCUUUCUCCUGCUUGAUUCCAGGUCCUGGGGGCAGCCCUGGGAAUGCCAGGGAGGGCCCCCCGCCCCCGCCACAAGAAAUACCUUAUGGCUCUCUCCCUAGCCACCUGCAGGUCUUGGAAUGGCCGCAAAUAAGCGUUUUUCUGGCAUUGUCUGCCCAGCUGCUCCAAGCCAGGCUGAUGAAGGAGGAGUCCCCUGUGGUGAGCUGGAGGUUGGAGCCUGAAGAUGGCACAGCUCUCGAUGUGCAUCUUGUAAGCACUUUGGGGCCACUAUCAAAUGCUGUGAAGAGAAAUUUACCCAGAUGUAUCAUUAUCCUUGUGCUGCAGGAGCCGGCUCCUUUCAGGAUUUCAGUCACAUCUUCCUGCUUUGUCCAGAACACAUUGACCAAGCUCCUGAAAGAUCGAAGGAAGAUGCAAACUGUGCAGUGUGCGACAGCCCGGGAGACCUCUUAGAUCAGUUCUUUUGUAUUACUUGUGGUCAGCACUAUCAUGGAAUGUGCCUGGAUAUAGCGGUUACUCCAUUAAAACGUGCAGGUUGGCAAUGUCCUGAGUGCAAAGUGUG